CCUCACAUUACACAACAUUUGUUUUGCUUCGCCAGCUCAUUCAUUCAAACCUAUCACCAACCAAACCCCUCUCUCUCUCUCUCUCUCUCUCUCUCCUCUUAAUAUUUCAACUUUUUAUGCCAGAUCUCUCGAAGUAACCCUUGGGAGAAGCGUGCUGUGUUGGGCCUUCUCUUCUCUUCUCUUAUCUUCCUGAGCGGUUUUUCUCUUCUGGGUAUUUCUAUCUCGUACCAAAAGUCCAUCAUUUGGAGGAUAUCCUUUGUACUUUUCUUUCUGGAUUUUUCGCCGCGUAUCUCGCUCGACCCACCCACCCUUUAUUCGAUUUUCCUUCCAUACAUACCCCUCUUGCCAAAAACAGAGUCUUUUUUAGGGAAAAAAAAAAUGGCGAAUGGGUUGGAGAGAGAGAGUGGGUUCGUGAUGUUCAGUGAUGAUGAGCUGAGAGAGGUGAGUGGGGUGAAGCGAGUUGGUGACUAUGUUGAGGUAACUUGUGGAUGUACUAGUCAUAGAUAUGGUGAUGCUGUUGGAAGGCUUAGGGUUUUCGUUAAUGGCUACCUUGAAAUCACUUGUGAAUGCACCCCUGGUUGCCAAGAAGAGAAGUUGACUCCUGCUGCGUUUGAGAAACAUUCUGGAAGAGAGACAGCCAGAAAAUGGAAGAAUAAUAUCUGGGUAAUAGUUAAUGGUGAGAAGGUUCCAUUGUUUAAAACAGUGCUGCUCAAAUACUACAAUCAAGUAUCAAGAACUGCUAAUGGGUCCCAUAGAUCCCAAAAUGGACGAGCUUGCCACCGUGAUGAGUUUGUUCACUGUACUAGGUGUAACAAAGAGCGCAGGUUCCGUCUCAGGACUAAAGAUGAAUGUCGCAUUCACCAUGAUGCUUUGGCUGAUACGAAUUGGAAAUGUUCUGAUCUUCCAUAUGACAGAAUUACAUGUGAUGAUGAAGAAGAAAGAGCAAGUCGCAGAGUUUACAGGGGAUGCACUCGUUCUCCAACAUGCAAAGGAUGCACUUCUUGUGUGUGCUUUGGGUGUGAUAUAUGCCGUUUUUCAGAUUGCAGUUGCCAGACUUGUACUGACUUUACAAGGAAUGCCAAAGCUUGAGUCCAAAGACUGGGUUCCUAAAGUUCUGAUUUUGAGUACCAUUCUCUUUGUAUGGACUGUGAAGUACUUACCAGUCCUAGUUAAACAUUCAAUGUUCUCAUUUACUGGAUUAUUAAUUUCAAUUAAAUAUUU